UGCGGUGGAGGUUGUAUGUACGUCGCGCACGGUCCGUGUCGUGAGCAGAUGUCUUAUAUUUUGGGCAUUACUUGCUAACUUAAAGAGGCUUGUAAUUUAUAUCAAUUGAAACAGCAAAAUAAAUACAUUCUUCACAUUACGUUGUUACAUGUUUAUAUUAAGCAAGUUUAUGCUGAAUAUCGUGAGUUUCCUUAACAAACCGAGAUUAUUGAUCGAGGGAUUCGAGGCGUGUUCCUUCGAAGUGUUGCAUUUUUCCGUGCCGGGUCAGAAUACUUGCACGUUCGAUCUGCUUAAUUUUUGAGAAAAAAUUUAGGGACCACGUAAAUUUAAAUUUCUUAAAUUUGUCUUCAUGAAAGAAGUUUCGACCCCCUCUGUAAUUAGAUACUCUUUCAGUGCAUCCUAAUACUGAGUAAUGAGCGUUCCCUUUCAAUAUGAGUGCAAAGAAAUCAUUGGACAUGGAGCGUUCGCAUUGGUGUACAAGGGUCAUCUUAAACAGCACCCAGAGAAGCUGGUGGCCAUCAAGAGCAUCACAAAGAAGAACAUAGCGAAGAGCCAGGCGCUGCUUAGCAAGGAGAUCAAGAUUCUUCAGGAGCUGACAGAGCUGCAGCAUGAGAACGUCGUGGCACUGCUCUCCUGCCAUGAGACUCCAACGCACGUACAUCUCGUCAUGGAGUACUGCAAUGGUGGCGACCUGGGGGACUAUCUCAGCGGUGAGUCGGAAGCGAUGCUGGCGAUGGCGGCUAAAGGCAUCGUGCACCGCGACCUGAAGCCUCAGAACAUCCUGCUGUCCCAUGACGGCCCGCCAUACCCGCCACCCGCCGCCAUCACGCUUAAAAUAGCGGACUUCGGGUUCGCGCGGUUCCUGAAGGACGGCGUGAUGGCAGCCACGUUAUGCGGGUCCCCCAUGUACAUGGCACCUGAGGUCAUCAUGAGCCAGAAGUAUGAUGCUAAAGCCGACCUCUGGUCCCUGGGUACCAUCGUGUACCAGUGCCUCUUUGGUACUGCGCCCUUCAAAGCCAGCAGCCCUCAACAGCUCAAGCAGAUGUAUGAGAAGUCGCCGGUACUUCGCCCGCAACUCUCGCAAAGCACCAGCCCGCAAAUGUGCCACCUGCUGCUGGGUCUGCUGAAGCGCAACGCUCACGAGCGCCUGAGCUUUGACGCCUUCUACGAGCACGCCUUCAUCAGGACGCCUGACGAGGUCGCCUCCAUCAGGCAGCGCCGGGACCGAGAACUUGCGCUCAUGCGCGAGCAACAGGCGCCUGAUAGGCGCGAACAGGUGCAGCAACAGGUUCUUCAACAGGUGCAGCAUCAGGUGCAACAACAGCAGGUGCAACAACAGCAACAGGUGCAACAACAGGUGCAACAGCAGCAGGUGACCGAAGAGGCCCGCCAGUUGUCCGCGCCCAAGCAGGCGGCGGGUAAAAGCAACACCGCCAUCCCGACCCCGACUGUCCGGGCCCGCGUGGCGGUGCCCCAGGGUCCGGGCACGCCUAUCAGGACCGGGGUGCGGGCCCGGCCCCAGCAGUCCCCCAGUCCCGCCCUUGGAGAUCCCGCCCCUUCGGUGUCCCCCCACACCCCCUCUCCCACUCCCCCGUCUGAAGCCCCCAUGUUACCCCCACCCCUACCCCCCCUAGGGUCCCUCCCCCUGCCCGGGGAGUUCACCCCCAUCCCUCAGGACCCCCAGCAACCCCCCCAGCAGCAGUCCCAGGAGCUGGCCAUGAGCAUUGAGGCCACCCCCGACCCCCAGACCACCUCAGACCCCAACCCCACCCCGGACCCCCCGGUCCGGCCUAGGCGUUAUGGUACCACCAGACCCCCCCAGCUGUCAUCCCCCCACCGUGGUGGUGGUGGUGGUGGUGGUGGUGGUGGUGGUGGUGUGGUGAUGCGCAGAGCUUGUAGUGUCACCACACCACCGUCGUCACUGCAGGCUCACCACCACAGGCGCAGUCUCAACUAUGGAGCACAGGCACCAUAUUCUCCUGUGAUUACUAAUGCAGCCCCAGCAGGAGGGGAGGAGGAUGACUACGUGAUGGUCUCAGCCCCCGCAGACCCCGAGCCUGCGCGCCUCCAGACCCCACACCACCAGGGGCCCGCGGCCCGCAGUUCUGUGUCGCGGUCAGGUCGCAAGAACUCCUCUACGGCGCCUCCAGCAGCUGGAGCAGCGUACCCCAACCUGCGCCUGGAGAACAUCGUCCCUGUCCCCAGCCAGCGCACGGCCUACCUCCAGAUGACGCUGUCCCAGGAGUUCGCUAGGGGCGUCCCAGGCUACAGGGAUAGAACUUCUUCCUGCAGUGACGGUAGCGUGUCUUCUAACGACCACCACCACCAACACCAGCACCAACACGGCAACGCUAACACCACCACACUAUGUCGCACCAGCAUCAACAACAGCAACUGCAGCAUCAACAGCACAGGCAGUAACAGCAACGCUGUGCUGGAGACCAUCACACCACCAGCCGUUCAGUUCAGCAUCAACACCAGCAGGAGAAGAGCUUAUUCUUGUUCCUCUACCGGGGGGCGGAUCACCCCCAGCAAUUCCCCACUACGAGCCUCUGGACGUCGUACUCCCCCUUCAGUCAAAAACCUGAACCCGACUUCCUCGAACCCUAAUUUCCUCCCGACAAUCCCCAGCUCUCCCACGAAGGAUAACCCUACGGGGGAUAUAUGCGGCAAUGUACCUUGCCGCACUCGGACCCCACCAGAUAUGAACCCCAACCCUAACCCUAACCCUAGCCCCAUGCAGCAGUCCCGUAGCGACACUUGCCUAGACACGAGAAACGUAGGCGCCGUGUCGCCCUUACCUCACGUGCGCCUGAACCUGGCCCCCCAGCAGCAGCAGCAACAGACGCCCCUGGUGUUCACCUUAGAGGAUGAGGGGGGCACGCUGCCCCCCACCCUCCUACAGGAGGCCCUCAUGCCCCCCGAACACAACGAGGUCCUCGCGAGGCUCAACUUCCUGCUGGCGCUCGUCGACUGCAUCCUCGAGCUGGCGCAGGAAAAAGGCAGCUCUGUCGGCAACAAAUCUGCGUCGCCUGGUGCGAGUGCAGUGGACGUAUGGCGAGGCGUACACAACCAGCGCGACCAGCUUGCGCUGUACGAGAAGACCUUACACCUGCUGAAGGCGGCGCUGCUGCUGGCGUCCUCAGAGAUAAAGGGCGGCAGACUGCAGCUCUCCUCCGUCGUCAAGUGCCUGGUGGGGGAACUCAAGGAGAGGUUUGAUGGAACCCUCACCCGCUGCAAGACCCUCACCCAGACCAUGGACAGCGCCGCUACCCAGUACGGGCCUGAACAUGCAGACAGACUUGUCUACAACCACGCUAUUGAUAUGUGCCAGUCCGCAGCACUCACAGAACUAUUCGGGUCAAGCGAGUGCGACAGUUUCCGUCACUACCAAACAGCACAAAUUUUGCUGCACGCUUUGAGCCAACAGGCGACCAAGGAGGCAGACCGCGUGCUGCUGCGUAACUACGUCAGCAUGGUUGAGAAGCGCCUGCUGCUGCUGCACCACAGGGGCAUCAUACAUGCGCAUCAUACGCCACAGCCACAGCAACAACAGCAGCAUCAGCAACAACAGCAGCAACAGCAGCAACAGCAGCAACAGCAGCAAGCUUCAGAUGGCAGGAAUACCCCGCUACAUAUGUUCCAUUAGCAAAUACAUCAGUAAUAUGAUGUAUCACAGGGGCAUCAUACAUGCGCAUCAUACGCCUCAGCCUCAGCAACAGCAGCAGCAGCAGCAACAACAGCAGCAGCAGCAGCAAGCUUCAGAUGGAAGGAAUACCCCGCUACAUAUGAUGCAUUAGCAAUAUGAUGUAGCAGUAAUAUGAUGCAUCACAGGGGGGCAUCAUACAUGCGCAUCAUACUCCUCAGCCUCAGCAACAGCAGCAGCAACAGCAGCAGCAAGCUUCAGAUGGAAGGAAUACCCCGCUACAUAUGUUCCAUUAGCAAAUACAUCAGUAAUAUGAUGCAUUAGCAAUAUGAUGCAUCAGAGGGGCAUCAUACAUGCGCAUCAUACGCCUCAGCCUCAGCAACAGCAGCAACAGCAGCAGCAGCAGCAACAACAACAACAGCAGCAGCAGCAAUCUUCAGAUGGAAGGAAUACUCCGCUACAUAUGUUCCAUUAGCAAAUACAUCAGUACAAUAUGAUGCAUCAGAAGGGCAUCAUACAUGCGCACAUACUCCUCAGCCUCAGCAGCAACAGCUGCAGCAGCAGCAGCAGCAGCAGCAAGCUUCAGAUGGAAGGAAUACCCCGCUACAUAUGAUGCAUUAGCAAUAUGAUACAUACAUCAGUAAUAUGAUACAUCAGUAAUAUGAUGCAUACAUCAGUAAUAUGAUGGAUACAUCAGUAAUAUGAUGCAUACAUCAGUAAUAUGAUGCAUACAUCAGUAAUAUGAUACAUACAUCAGUAAUAUGAGGCAUGCGUAAUAUGCUGCAUUAAUACUACCAUGUAUGAUAUGAUGCAUAUGCUAGCUAUGUUGUUCUCGCAACUAAUGCACCCAGUGAUGGUCUAAUACGUAAACAAUUGUUAUUGAAAUUGUGGAAGAAAUUCAUGUCAAUAUACAGUUUGAAAUUUAUGUGUUGAUCAAGCCUGUAUGAAUUGGGACAUGAAUAAAUUGCAACUUACUUUACCAAUUACUUACUUAUCUACUAAAUUGGCUACAAAUUCACAAGUUAAAUUUCUGUUUUGGUUCUCCAAAGUAAUAAUAGACCUCCAGAAUAAAUUCCUGUGAAUUAAAAUAUAAUUUUAUCAUAUUUUAAAAAUUAAAUUGCUUAAUUCAAUGACGGAAUUUUGAUUACUUUCAAAGUUAAAUGUGUCGAUCUCAUGUUCAUAUUUUAAUUAAACAGCUUGGGCAAUUCGAUGACGCUGUUAUUUACUAUAUUAUUUUAAAGUCAAUACACGAUCUAUACAUUUUGUUAUACACGUAGAGACUUAGUCUCAUUUUUUGAAUUUUUAAUUGAGUUCAAAGAAUUCAUAUGACCGUGAAUUUUCUUCCAUGUGGUGGUAAGUUUUACGGAUUAAAAAUUUCCUAGACAAAUUUGGGAUUUCAUAGAAAAAAUAUGAAUUUCCCCGAGAUGAAAUUUCACGAAUGAAUUAUAAAACACAAUAACAUAUGAGUACAGUAAUCAAUGUAUUCAUAUGAAUUCAAUGCAUUGUUGAUCAUAUGACCGUGAAUUUGCUUCCAUGUGGUGAUAAGUUUUACGGAUUAAAAAUUUAUUAGACAAAUUUGAUAUUUCAUAGAAAAAAUAUGAAUUUCACCGAGGUGAAAUUCCACAAAUGAAUUAUAAAACACAGCAACAUAUGAGUACAGUAAUCAAUGUAUUCAUAUGAAUUCAAUGCAUUGUUGAACAAACGAUGAUUCUCUAGACGCUGGCUACCCCCAUACUGCCUUCUUACACGUGUGUGCAAUGAUGUUACUUUAUUACCUUUUAAUACUUCUCGUUGCUUUACCUUAUUUCUCUACAAUUACUCGCAUUCUCAACUUUAUUACUUCGUAAACUCAUAUUUUUUACCUGCAAUGGAAAAAUUUCGUUUUAAUGUUAC